AACCAGCGCGCUCCCUCUGUGGGCGGUGUUUCAAACGCGCGUGGGAGCUGUCACUGCUAUAAGGCACAUUUGCGGGAAGCAGCGUCACCGCUGACAGUAACGCUGCACAGCUAUUACAAGUGCUGGGAUUAUGUUCAUUAAAAUGAUCAGUUUUUGAUAGGUGCCUUCAACACAUUGCUGCUCCCCGUCAAAAUGUCAUUGUCUUAGUCGCCACGUCUCGACGGGAAUUUUGGACAGAUGAGCACGCUUAUCAGGAAGUGGGAUAUUUACUCUCCUGUAGUGUUAUAAAGAAAACCGCAGGAUGCAUUCGUUGAGGGAAGGUAUUUUCCGAUGGAUUAUUAAGGGACAAUAUUUUUGAUACUUGAACUCCAUUGAUGAACACCAAUAUAUUACCGUUUUUGUACAUAAAAUGUUUUUCUAAAAAAUAACAGUUUCGCUCUACUGUUUACAGAGCCGAAAUAUCGUGUCUCGUCUCCUAAACUGGUACCUCAAUUGCAUAAUGCUGUGAUACUGAUGAGACAUUGUUCCUCGACAACAUUUUUUCCACAGCACAGAAUUGCAAACAAACCGCUCUCCGUUUCUCUUAUCCACGGGUCUCGAGCGAUGGAAACAUCGUGUACGCUUUCGUGAACUUGAGAAGCAACAACACCGACUGCAACAGUCUCGACACCACCGAAAUAAGAAAUAAACAAUGGUACGGGCUCUUCAAGUCGAUUGGAGCAUGGAUUCCGCGCGCCAAGCUGGCUAGGGGGGUUGGCGAGAGACGCUAGGCAUCUUGUUUUGACCCCUUUCCUGAAAUGAGGCACAAUGUUGAUGUGUGACAGAGGAGUCCAGAUGCUCAUCACCACAGUGGGCGCUUUCGCCGCGUUCAGCCUCAUGACCAUAGCUGUGGGCACGGACUACUGGCUGUACUCGAGAGGAGUGUGCAGGGUCAAAAGUAAUAACGAGAACGAAACGAGCAGGAAGAAUGAAGAGGUGAUGACCCAUUCAGGGCUGUGGAGAACCUGCUGUCUAGAAGGAACGUUUCGAGGUGUAUGUAAGAAGAUUGACCACUUUCCAGAAGAUGCAGAUUAUGAACAGGACGCAGCAGAGUAUUUACUACGAGCUGUGAGAGCAUCCAGUAUCUUCCCCAUCAUGAGUGUUGGACUUCUGUUCAUGGGAGGUUUGUGUGUGGCUGCCAGUGAGUUUUAUAGGAGCCGACACAAUGUCAUUCUCAGUGCUGGAAUCUUCUUUGUCUCUGCUGGUCUAAGUAACAUCAUAGGAAUCAUCGUGUACAUAUCUGCCAAUUCGGGUGACCCGGGCCAGAGCGAUUCGAAGAAGAGCUACUCGUACGGCUGGUCUUUCUAUUUCGGCGCUCUAUCCUUCAUCAUGGCCGAGAUGGUGGGCGUGCUCGCCGUGCACAUGUUCAUUGAAAAGCACCGUAAGCAGCGCGCCAAAUCUCGCACCGAGCUGAUCAAGAAGUCGGCCUUCAGCCGCAUCCCCAGUUACCGUUACCGCUUCCGUCGACGUUCCAGCUGUCGCUCCAGUGAGCCGGCCUCCCGUGACCCCUCGCCAAUGGGCAAGAGCGGCUACACGGGCCCUGCCGCCGCAGACAUCUCCAUGUACACCCUGUCUAGGGAUCCUUCCAAGGCUGCGAUGGGUGCCUUGCUCAACUCCGAGAGGGAGUUUUUGCAGGCUCACAACUCCAACGCGAAGGACUUCAAAGACGCGGCCAACAGGAGGACCACUCCCGUCUGAAAGAGAUGAAGGCAUGGGGUAACCACGCAUAAGCACAGAGGAAGCCGAGACGUUAAAACCACAGACUCGAGCCAAAGGGAAUUCUUUGAAGGGCCGCAGGGCGUUAACCCUCUUUCUAUUACAGUAUAUAUAAAUAUAGAUGGUAAUUGUUAGAUCAUUGGUGCUUCCUUUUAUUCCUAAUUUUUCAGUCAACGUUUCUGUCCGUUCACACAAACUCUUUAUCACACACCUCCCUCCCCCAAGGGCUACUCGAGUAGAAUGCUUGUCCUCUCUUCAAUGUCAUUUUGUUCAAGUACUGCGAUUGAAAUUCUUGAAAUGGAAAAGUAGCCCAGUGAUUCUGUGAAGUCCUAUGAGGGGGAGGACCGUCAUGAUUUUGACAUACUAUAUGUACCGAAAGGCUGUCCCACUAUUCGCCUUACGCACAGCUCAGUAGCCCAUAGCUGGUGAGCGCCUCUUUACACUCACAAGAUUGUACACAUUGUUGGUUUCUCUCAUGGGUUGGACAUUGAGCCCUCCUCACCUAGUGCCACUUUUACCCAAUUCACAAGCCAUGCUCGACCAUGGGCCCAUCACAUCCGUUCAUCCCCCCUGCAGGGGGGGGGAUGCUGCCUCAGCCCUUACUGUUCUUUAUACGCUCUACCUAUCCGAGUUAUUUCACUGGGCUCUGCAUGCUAUUUACACCAGGUCAUUUUUUAAGUUCAGAUCCAUUAUUCCCAUUUCAGACAUCUCCUGCAUUAACUUUUAUAACAGGGUUUAAAUGCUUGUUAUUAAAUAUAAUCUUUUAGCCCACCAAAGGUUUUGGUAUUACAUUUGUUUUAUUAAGAAUUAAAAAAUGUAGUUUACUGUGAUUUACAAUGAGGUUCAUUUGAGGCCCUUAUAAUUCAAAGGCGUAUUAAUAUGAAUAUAUUGUUGUCAUUAUUACUGUAGAUUUUUCAUCUAUCAGCAGCAUAUAGCAGGUGGCUGCCAAAUGUAGAUUUCCUAAUUGUGUAUAGUCUAUAACUAUUUUUAGAAAAUAUUGAAAGUGUUCAUACAAUUGCCAAAAGCUGGACAUCAAGGGUUUAUAAAAACAGACGAUCAUUGUGAAAACAAAGAGUACUGCCAUGUGCUUCUGUUCUUUAUUAAAGAUACAGAACUGUGAUAGGACCAUUCAUAUAGACAGGGCUCUUUAUGGGCUGAUGGGACUGUAGGAUCUCAGUCUCAACACAAAAAAUAUAUAAGUUAUGCUUAUGAAUAUCAUAUAAAAACUAUAUUUCAUAUAUUUCUUUCUAUUAAUGCUAUACAUCAACAACAAUUACACAGAAAGGAAAAUUAAAUAUUAAUAAAUAUGACGCUUUAUUUGCUUAGUUAUCAAUUGAUACAGUAUAUAUUAUAAACUCCAAGGGCUUUUGGUUUUCAAAUAACAAUCAUACAAGGGCUUCAAAGAAGUUUAGCCAACAUAGAAAACAGCAGAUUUGCCCUUAAAAUAUUUAAAGGAACAGUAUGUAAGAAAUUUAUAUCAAUUAAUCAUAAAAUGGCCCUGAUAUGUCAUAAAAAAAAAUUCAUUUCAAAUACUGAUAUCACUGACAACAGUGGUCCGGCCAGGAUAUUGUCAUUUAAAAAAUGGAGUUGCAGCCCUCAACUGAUGUUUAUGUUGUCAUUUUGUAUAUUGGCCACCAGUUGUGUGAUUGCAGUACCAGUUUUGGCCACAAUCCUACAUACUGUUCCUUUAAAUUGUGAAAAACUUCUGUACCUAGCCAUAUUUAUGUAUGCGAAACACAUCCGGAGUCAAAAUGUAAUGUUAUAAUGUAUACAGUAAGUUCUUCUUCUCAUCACUCUCAAUUACUAAUCCCUAUAUGUCAGACAGGUAGAAAUAGAUGUAGACUCAAACAUGGAGUUUCAUUUAUAACAUCUAUAACAACGUAGUUUUUCAGAAAUUCACCUCAUUUCAGAACCUUCAAUAACUGACAUGCAUGUACUUUAGCCUCCAAAAUGCAUCCAAGCCAGUCUCUCAUCUCCAGUUUGAUUUCUUCAGCUUACAAAAGUCGAGAUAUUGAUCAGCCGCCUCGCUGGGAAUAUUACUGUAAAUGUUGCCUUUUGUUUGGAUCCACUUUAUGUUGUGAAGUUGUGCAGUUCUGGGUCUUAAACUAAAUGUUAUUUGAAGGAGCUCCAGCGGAGUGUGAAAAGCUCCGCCCUACAACCCGCUCUCAGAGCACCUAGUGCCUGUCUCUUCUGCCUCCUCCAAGCGCACAUCUUCAGGUCACUCCGUCUUUCGCUCGCUUGCUCUUUCAUCUCCAUCACAGCCUUGCAUCAGUCCCACUUAAACAUGACUGUUAUUAGUCAAUCACAUCCAUAGAGUCUCAUAGGCCCUGUCGCUCACCACUUAGGCCUGCAACAUUGUGUACGUGACCUCUCAACAAAAACAGCAGUUUCAGCUUGAUACAUGCUGUAGAAAAAAGCACACCUUUUAAAUACAGUAGUUUACAUCUAUGAAGAUAAUAGUUAGAAAGAUAUUUAAAAAUUUAGAAAAAUAAAGUCAGUUUUAAGAAUGCCAA